AUGAAUUUAGUCCAAGCACAGGAAGCAGUGGAAGAGUUGUUGGAAUGUACAAUCUGUAUGAAUCCUCACGAGGCAUCUGGUCCCAGGACACCAAAGAUGCUCCCUUGCCAACAUGUAUUUUGCUUGGAUUGUAUAAAAAAUAUUGCCGAAAGAAGGCGUCUGGUUUGUCCAACAUGUCGAACGGUCCACUACAAAGCCAUUGAUGACAUUCCAAACAGUUUGAUUCUCAUUCAACUCCUGGGAAGACAAGGAAGAUGUGAAAGAAAAUGUGAGAUUUGUCACGGACAGAAAGAUGACCCGAGAAGUUAUUGCAAGAAAUGUAUUGAUGAGAUUGUAAACAGAGAACUUGCUAAAGCGAUAUCAUUGACACAGUCUUAUGAAAGUGAUCCAACAAGAAGAAGAGUGCCAGCACAAAAGCCGACUGAGGCAGCAAACUCGGCAACUAACCCACAACCGCAGGGUAAUCCAGAGCUUGCAAGGCAAGUUCCAAAUGGAAUUAACUUGAACAGAGUCGCUGCUUUUAUUGAUAGAUAUUUCUUCAUAUUAAUGGGGUAUUCAUGA